GAUAGCGGAGCUCAGACCCCGAUCAAUAAAGGGGCUCCGGCACACUGACUCCAUCAGAACCUUCUGCGGGUCUUCAGCUUCCUGUGUGGUUUGUUUUCCUUUGAGCGCCUGUAGAAGAUGGAAACCGUGCAGAGGAAACCUAUUCGCCUCAUCGUAGCAGUUUGCAAUGGCAAUGGGAUCGCGAAAGAUGGGCAGUUGCCCUGGAAUCUACCAUCUGAAUUCCAGUUCUUUUUGAAGACUUUGACGACGGUGUCAAGACCAGGAAAGAUGAACUUCUUGGUCUGGGGCAAACGGACCUGGCAGUCUCACCCAGAAACUACACUCCCGCUGGCCAAUACUCUGCAUGUGGUUCUGAGUACAGAACUGAAGACGGUUCCAGAUCACGCCCAUUUCUUGAGCCAAGACUUUGAGAGUGCUGUCCGCCUGGCUUCACAGCCCCCUCUCGCUGACCUGAUUGAGACCAUCUGGAUUAUUGGUGGGACGCAGGUCUUCGAGGAUGCGUUGAAGCACCCGUGGUGUGACUUGGUUUACCUGACAGAUGUCAUGGCAGACUUUGAGUGCGAUGUUUUCUUCCCUGCGUUUGACAGAGGACUGUGUAAACUACUAGAAAAUUUCCCCGGGGUACCGAGUGGAAUUCAAGAGGAGAACGGCAUCAAGUACAAAUGCCAAGUAUUCAAGAGAGAGACUGGUGACACAGUGUAAACAACUAACAGAGAAAAUCAAUGCAUCCUCAGAAAACACUUGCAAACAUUCUUUGCUGAGUCAACUCCUGGAUAGACUGUAGAGUCAUGCUAAAACCCAAACCCAAAGUGUAUCACUGUAUUUUUAUAAAAGCAAGCAAAGGCGACAACUCUGUAAUAUAGUCAUUGAGCUUUGUAAUCCAUGAAGCAUUUGAACCAUUUGACAUGAAAACAUUGUGAGCACAGACACUUUAACAGCAUUCCAUUUGAUUGUGAUCGGUUCUGGUAUGUGAAAAACCUCCUGCCACCUACUGCUGUCACCUUGUCACUCGUCAGCGUUCCCAUCUCGUUCUCCUCCUCAGUAAUAUUGCAGCUGCUCGGAGAAUAUGCUUGUCAGUGAGUCAGUCAGCGGCCUACGUCAAUGACAGCCUGUGCUCUGGGUACCACAGCGGAUCUGGUCUUUUCUAAGCCAACAUGACAGAUGCCAGUUUAUAAAGUGACAAGUAAAUUAGCCUUCUGGUCUGUUUGAUAAUAUAAUGGCUAUCUUGUUAUUUAAAUAAAUAUGGAGAAAUGUUACAGCUUGUAAUUCUUUUGUGGUUAGCAAUGGAAUUUGUUGAUGAUGGUUUUCACUGUUUUGGGGUUUUUUUGGGUGAAAUUAUGAAUAAAAAUAAACAAAUGGUACAUUUUUAAUAGAGAACAAA